UGAUUGACAGCAGGCAGCAGCUGCUGAGAUACCGAGACAUGGCGGAGCGUACAGUUUGAGAAGGUAACGCCAGAAGAGUUGCGCUACUUGUGCUCACACUCGAGUCCGCACAUCGCCAAAUAAAUGGCCGGGAAGAAACUCUAAACGCAGACCAGCGUGCAUUCCUCUGAAAAUGGACGAAGUUGCCUUGCGUAGGUGAUCCGGAGACAUGUAUCGCUGUUUAGUGCAGUCAACAGCCUUGGGCGACAAACAUGGCUUCUGUGCCUUUCUCAUGUUUGUAAUGAAAAAGCGCUUUAUUGGGCCGACAGAUCUCGCUCAGAUCCUACAAGUGAGUCGAUAGAGAGAAGUUCCUGCCGCAUUCGUCGGGUUCGUGUUGGGGAAUCGGGUGCACGGGGAUUGCGCGGUGCUAGCUAGUUAGCUAGGGAACUGGAGGAACUGCAAUGGAGCCCAAGCACAAAGAGUUACUACACCAGUGCCACCAGAACUUACUGGAGUCCAUCACGGAUCCGGACCCGCUCAUAGAGCUGCUGGGGAAAUCGGGAACCCUCAGCGACCUGGAGACGCUCGAGCUGGACCAGAACUGCUCCUCGAGCGCGGAGAAAGUGGAGCAGCUCCUGAAGAUGCUCGUGAACAAGCAGACCGACCAUUUCCUGGAGCUGUGUGUGGCCCUGGAGAAGACAUACCCUCACCUGUACUCUGCGAUCUUCACUAACGGUGGAGGACCUGCAGAACACUCCGGGUCCACAUACAGCGUGCUGUCCACGAUGCCAUCAGACUCCGAGAGCAGCAGUUCCCUCAGCAGCGUCGGGACCAAAGCCUCAUCACCUCCACCUGCACUCGGUUCAUCACCUCCACCUGCGCUCGGUGACACCCGGCCAGCCAGCGAGAACCUGGACACCAUCCUGUUCCAGCUGAGGCAAGUCACCAGGGAACGGGAUGAACUCCGCAAACGAUUGGCUCUCGCCUCACCUGGCACCACCUUCGAUGACUGCAGGCCAAAUUCCAAACCUGGUCAUGACUACGAGCGUCUGAAAACGCAGUGCAUGAAGGCCAUGGCAGACCUGCAGUCUCUGCAGAACCAGCACACCAAGACUCUGAAGAGGUGUGAGGAGACCGUGAAGGAAGCCGACUAUUACCACAUGCAGCACAGUCGUCUCCUCAGCGAUCAGUCUCAGCUCAGGGAAGAGAUGGAGGUUCUGAAGAGGGAGAACGCUAAGCUGGUUCGGGAACACAACCAUCUGAAGCAGAGCUGUGAGGAGCUCCGGAGGCUUCACUCUGAAGAUCAGCGCGAGGUGGCCGACAUGAGGCUUCAGCAGCAGCAGGUAAUCCGAGAGAACGGCUCAUCUGAGGUGUUGAAUAAGCUCUAUGACACAGCCAUGGACAAGCUGGAGGGUGUGAGGAAAGAAUACGACGCCUUGAGCAAACGGUACAGCGAGAAAGUGGCCAGUCACAACACAGAUCUGAGCCGACUGGAGCAGGUGGAGGAGGAGAACAGACGCUUGCAGAAACAAAUAGAUGCUUUGCUGAAACAGCGCGACACGGCCAUCCAGUACCAACAACAGUGGACCACAUCUAUGAGACGGUUUGACUCCGUGCAGCAGGAGUUGAGUAAAGCCUCAGCCCAGAACAAAGAGCUACAGAGGGAGAUGGAGAGACUCCAGUCGGAGGUGACGCGCUACAAGAACUUCCAGCUGAAGGCCGUGAAGGAUGCUGAGAAGUUUAAAGAGGAGCGAGAUUCGGUGUUUAAUGAAUACAGACUGAUCAUGAGCGAGCGGGACCAGGUCAUUAAAGAGGUGGACAAACUACAGACGGAGCUGGAAGCUGCAGAGGCCCGACUCAAAAACACUUCAUCAGAGAGGAUGGUGGCCAGUGAGGAGCUGGAGGCGCUCAGACAGGAGCUAAAUUCAUCGCUGGUGGAUCGGGACCGUGCCAUCUGUGAGAGGAACGAGCUGCUGGAAAAAUACUGCCAUGAGGUGAAGGACAAAGCGGAGGCACAGAAAGAGCUGAGUCAGGCCUGUAAAGACAUCGAGACCGUGCGGGAGGAGAGAGAUGUGGCCAGGAAAGAGAGAACCGAAGCCAUCAUCCAGAGAGACCAGUUACUGCGGGAAUACUAUCAGGCCAGACAGAAACAAGACUCGGCCACGCUGGACAUGGAGCGUGCCAAUAAAGAGAUUGAGGUAUUGAGGAAGCAGUGUGAGGCCAUGUCCCAGGAGCUGAAGGAGGCUGUGCAGGAGGCCGAGGUGGCCAAGUGUCGCAGAGACUGGGCCUUUCAGGAGAGAGACAAGAUUGUUGCAGAGAGAGAGAGCAUACGGACGUUGUGUGAUAACCUACGCAGGGAGAGAGACCGGGCCGUCAGUGAUCUGGCCGAUGCCCUGCGUAACCUUGACGACAUGAGGAAGCAGAGGAAUGAUGCGGCCAGGGAGCUGAAAGAGCUCAAGGAGAAGAUUGAGAGCCAGUUGGAGAAAGAGGCGAGAUUUUGCCAGCUGAUGGCUCACAGCUCCCAUGAUUCAGCCAUAGACACGGAUUCACUGGAGUGGGAGACGGAAGUGGUGGAGUUUGAGAAGGACAGGGACGACAUGGAUUUGAAGGCACUGGGCUUUGACAUUGCAGAAGGGGUAAAUGAUCCAUAUUUACCAGGGGAUUGUGGGAUAUUUGUGACCAGGGUGGACAAAGGAAGUAUCGCGGAUGGGAGAUUGAGGGUGAAUGAUUGGCUCUUGAAGAUAAAUGAUGUGGACCUGACUAACAAAGACAGGAAACAGGUCAUCAAAGCCGUAGUUAAUGGAGGAGGCCUGAUCAAUAUGGUGGUUCGCAGGAGGAAAUCUUUAGGAGGAAGACUGGUUACUCCUGUCCACAUUAAUCUUAUCGGACACAAAGAAGCCGGUAUCACCCUCGAGGGUGGCGUGUAUGUGGCGGCUAUUGCGCCGGGCAGCCCGGCUGCCAGAGAGGGAUCUCUUACCGUGGGAGACCGCCUCAUUGCCAUAAAUGGGAUCGCUCUGGAUAACAAAUCUCUGAGUGAAUGUGAGGCGCUGCUGAGGGGCAGCAGGGACUCGCUCAGUCUGUCGCUCAUGAAGUUCUUUCCCCAGAGCACAUCAGGGCAGAACAUCUUUGAGAGCCUGAGAGAGGCUGAAAAAUCCAACGGUAGAAUCCACCUGACAGACAUCCAUUCACGGAACAGCAGGAACCUCCGACACAACAGCUCCACUCAGACAGACAUUUACAGCGGGGAAGCUGGAGUCGGCGAGAGAAGAAAGACAAGGACGGACACUGAUGAGAGCAGUUACCACGUGAGAAAGGUUUUCCCUGUGGCCACCCUGCGCCCCAACACCCUGCGCCCGGCAUCAGAGCUGGGGCUGUCCCGUUACAGCGGCAGUGCCUUUCAAGAGGUCUGCUUCAACCGAUCCGAGUCCGUCGGCCCCGAAUGCGUUACCCUGGAGACCACCCUGGAGAAGAAACACAGCGGCGGCACUUGGCCUAAAAUGGUGGUGGGCGUCGCCAUGACAACCGACAGCCCAGCGCAGCUUUCCAUCUACAGGUCACCCAAGCAGAGGAAGUCCAUCUUUGAUGGCGAUGCUUUUAAAAGGCCAGACGCUCCCUCAAAGACAGAUUACCUCUCCGGCCACUCUCCACAGGGCUCGAAAGUCGACUCCGCCCCAACGCCGCCCACACGCAGCGAUUCCUUCAAGUUCAAGCACAAACAUCAGGGCAGCUCCACCUCCGAGUCCACCAUCACCGCAAUCUCUGUCCACGACCCCAAGCAGGAGGACCGGAACGGUAAUCUGUACUUUACAGAGACAGGGCGCGAGGGCAAGGUCUUGAGCUCCAGGAAGUCCUGCGAGGAGGAUAUCGGCCGGAUGCGACCGGAGGAACCGGAGAUGAAGCGGCCUAGGCCUAAAUCGGCUCCGGCGCUCAGACACAGAAUGACACCUCAGGCCAUUCUUCUCCAGAGCUUCCAGAGUUAUUCACAUGAAGGGGACUCGAUGGAGCAGAGAGAGAUGCUACAUUCCUCUCCUAGCCGACCUCACAGACACAGCGUGGGUUUCGUGCCCACAGCCUAUAACGGAACCCUGCCUCCCAACUCAGCACACCGAGGACUAUCCCCCUGUUCUGCCGUAACAGCCGUUAUGAAGAACCCUGUUUACAUGGUCCGGAGCCACAAAGUUCACACUAACAACUGCCCUACAGUCAACAGCCAAAUCAAUCAGCAGCACACACACCCGAGUCCUCAGCAUCAAGGUCAUCUGAGUCUGGACCUGAGCCAGAAACACUCCACAGACUACACGGAGUCAUCCCGGAGCAGCCGGGCCUCACACGGCACCAACUCAUUGCCGUCCAGCGCCAGACUCGGUUCUUCAAAUAACUUGCAAUAUCGCACUGAAAGGAUUAAGAUCCCCUCCACACCACGCUAUCCUCGCUCAGUACUGGGCUCGGACAGAGGGUCGCUGUCUCAUUCAGAAUGCAGCAGUCCCAGUCUCAUCACUCCACCCAUGUCACCUCUUAACCUGGAGACAUCAUCCUUUACCUCCAGCCAGUCUCAAAGCUCCAUCACCACCCUGCCCAGGAUCUCCAUCAGCCCCGUGCCCGCGGGAGAACGAAGAAAAGACAGAUCUCUGUACCGUAACAGAUCCUUUCUGAGAAUUCCUCUGGCUGCUAGGCCUAGGUUCUGCUCUCUCAGAAGCCUGAGGCCAUUCCUGGAGGAGCCACGCAAUGUCAUCGUUCAUAAAGGGGCGGAGCCUCUCGGCAUCUCCAUUGUGAGCGGAGAGAAUGGGGGAAUCUUUGUCUCCAAGGUGACCGGAGGAAGCAUUGCACACCAGGCAGGGCUGGAGUAUGGAGACCAGCUUUUGGAGUAUAAUGGCAUAAACCUGCGGAACGCCACCGAGCAGCAGGCUCGCCUCAUCAUUGGCCAGCAGUGCGACACCAUCACGAUCAUGGCCCAGUACAACCCCCACAUGUACCAACUGGGUAACCACUCUCACUCCAGCUCACGCUUGGAGCCGGCAAGCGCUCAGUCGACUCCUCAGGGCAGCGGAGCCGCCACCCCAGAUAACCACUCCACCAUAGACACCCUCAGCGAACAGGAUGAAGGCACGCUCACGCCAUCCUCCAAACAAACCACGCCCACCACCAGCCCCCACAGAUUCCUCAGAAUGUCAUCAGAGAGCUCUAAGAAACUUCCAGAGCCUCGGCUGGUAACGGUGAGGAAAGCUCAGGCUGAGCUGGGGAUUCAGUUGUGUGGAGGGAACCUGCGGGGGAUCUUUGUGGAAAGGCUUGAAGAGGACAGUCCUGCCAGAGGCGCAGAUGGUCUUGUGCCUGGAGACUUUAUCCUAGAGUAUGGUUCUGUGAAUAUGAAGAACAAGACGGUUGAAGAAGCCUAUCUGGAAAUGCUAAAGCCAGCAGAAACGGUCACGUUUCGAGUCCAGCAUCGUCUAGAGGAGUUCAACCAGGUGAAAGACACUCCUGGUGAUGGAUUCUAUAUCAGAGCACUUUAUGACCGAGUUGCUGAGACUGAGCUCGACCUCUCUUUUAAGAAAGACGACAUCCUUUAUGUCGACGACACGCUACCGAAUGGCAACUUCGGCACUUGGAUGGCCUGGCAACUUGACGAAAACGCACAGAAGAUUCAGAGAGGGCAGAUUCCUAGCAAAUAUAUGAUGGACCAGGAGUUUUACCGCAGACACAGUAUGACUGAACUGAAGGACGAGACCGGCUCCAGCAAGACGCUCUCCGCAGCCGCGAGAAGAUCUUUCUUCCGCAGGAAACAGAAGCACAAACGCAGCAGCUCCAAAGAUGGCAAAGACGUGGUCGCCUUGGACGCCAUCAGCACAGACUCUCUUCCAUUCUUUGAUGACUGUGUGAGUCUGGCCUAUCAGAGAGUGCAGAAGAUCGACUGCACGUCGCCCAGACCCGUGCUGAUCCUGGGACCGCUGGUGGAUGCUGUCAGAGAUAUGCUGGUCAAGGAAUCACCGGGGAAAUUCAGCAGAUGUGUGCUUGAGGUGAUGAAAGCUUCUCAGCAGGCCAUCGAGCGUGGCGUGAAAGACUUUCUCUUCAUCGACUACAAACGGAGGAGCGGCCAUUUUGAUGUCACUACUGUUGCCUCGAUCAAGGAGAUCACAGACAAGGAUUGUCACUGUUUGCUUGACAUUGCGCCUCACGCUAUCGAGCGGCUUCACAGCGUUCACAUUUACCCAAUCGUCAUUUUCAUACGCUACAAAAAUGCAAAACAGAUCAAAGAACAGAAGGAUCCGGUUUAUCUGCGGGAUAAAGUCUCUCAAAAACAUUCCAAGGAGCAGUUUGAGAUUGCACAGAAGAUUGAGCAGGAGUAUAGCAAAUUCUUCACAGGUAUCGUUCAAGGAGGCACCUUGCCCUACAUUUGCACUCAGAUCGUGACUAUUGUGGAUCAGGAACAGAAUAAAGUUUUAUGGACGCCACUGGGCUCUCCGUAGUGGGUCUGAGACGGUCCUUUCUGUGUACUGCCUCUCACCCCGAACUUACAAACACUAGACAUUAUAAACACCACACGCAAAGGUACACUAACACAACGAGCAUCACGUUAAGAUAGUGAUUUUCUUUUUCAAUAUUAAUUUUUAUUACAUUAUAAAUUGUAACAGUUUCUUUGUAUAUACGUGCGCCUGUAUGUAUGAGUGUGUGUGAAUGUGUGCGCUUGCUCGCAUGUGUGUAUGAAAGAUAUAGCACUGAAGUAUUUGUUUGUUUUCUUUGGUCUUCCUGAUGGACGUAUAAUGUUUAGCAAUGCUGCAUUUAAGAUACCCGUUUACAGAGCAGUGAGUCGGUGAUGUGUUAAUCGUCUGUCUGAAUGUGUACUCUCCCUAAUGAAGUCCAGAUCCCCUGCCCUAAAAACGCCCCCUUCUUCAGUUUUACCAAAACUGUAUGCGUGUCAGCCUCCUAGUUUUGCCAUAUCAGCUCAAGGACUCGUGUUUAAGAGUAAUCUGUGGAGAUGUUUAGAUGUCAGUGAUUGUGGAUUUGAAUGGUAUUGCUAUUGCUAUUUGAAUGUAUCGAGUUGAGACGGACAGCAGCUAAGCGGUUUCUACGGGCCAAAUGGGAAGUGCCUUUGGAGCUACACCGAGUGUAUGACAAUGGCAUGAGGUUAAAAGUCUGGUAUCUAAAAAGUUAAACUUGUCAGAUUGCACUCCAGGGCUAGACAGACCACUGUGUUCUAUGAGAUCUCUUAGCAUUCUCAUAGCAGAGCAUAUAUUUAAAGAGAAUAUCCGAUGUAACACUUGUACUCGCGCAUAAGAACUGAAGUACAGGCACACGCUUGCGUGUAUGUAUGCAAUUUCAUCGAAAUAUAUAGAAAUAUAUUUACUGUAUUUUUACUAGGCUUUUAGGCCUAGGGGAGUGUGACAGAGCAGUCAUGUCUUAGCAAAAAUUAGCGUGCGUGUGUGUGUGUGUGUGUGUGUGAGGGAAUGCAUGUGUUUUUGUUUGCCUAUGUCGGUCAGUCACUUUUAUAUGUAAUACCCACUAAUAAACAUCAUAAAGUACUAUGAUGUACACAUGAAACCGGUUUUUCAUUUGCUAUUUAAUUUCUUUAUUCUUGUUUUUAUUAAAGAGGCAAGUUAUGUCUCUAAUGCAGACCAGUAGCCUGACCAUUAAUGUUGUGCCAAAAAAUCCAGUCAUUUUAUUUUUAUUUUUUGCACUUCAACACUAUGAACCCUUAACCAAUGACUAUUUGUAGGUUUCCAAUAUAGGAUGGAAAUAGGUACUAUAAUUUUUACGCUAGAUGUAAUGUUCCUUUUGUGUAUCGCUCCUGCUCCACACAUUUCAUUCAUUGCCUUUUUCUUUUUAAAAGAGAAUCACUACAUGGUGUCAUUUAAAAAGGGAUUUGUUUUGCACAGUUUUGUUUAUCAAAGCAAGAUCAGUCCAUAUGUUAACCAUUGGGUUGAAAUUAGACAUUUUGUUAAGUGAAUCUAAUGUCUAACAAUUUUUCUGAAUAGCUAGUGUACGGUUCAAAUGAGAGUGAUCCAUCUUAACAUGAUUAAGUAUAUAGAAAAUAUUAGAAGACAGGUACUGUUGUUUUCUUUUAUUAUAAAAGAAUGUGAUUUGUAUGAAAAUGUUCACGACAUUAAUCCAAGAAUAAAAGUCAUUUUCUUUAUCAA